AUGCGCAUGUGUACUCGGCGGACGACUGAUAAAAAGGAGACUUGGAUCUUGGAGUGUCGCAUUGUCGCCUCUUCCAGAGUUGUCGCAGCGUUCCGACAAACGCUGUCUCUCUCUGUCGCUUUUUCUCCCACCCUCACACCUCAGGGAUUUAGAAGCAACAUGAACGCCCUUGCUUGGCUGUUCUUCUUGUUGGUACCCUGCAUCAUCCAAGCUUCCAGGCCUCCCUUCGUGGUCUCCCGGCAGCCCAGGAUCACCAAAAUGAUACCCCAGCAUAGCAACGGCCUGCAACCAGUCGUUUGGGUAUCACCCACCUUCAGGUUCCGACGCAGCCUCGAUGUUGCCAAGCGAAGCACUGACAACGAAAGCUUCAGAUUUGACCCGAUGGUGUGCAACAACGCUGGGAGUUGCCUUCCUGUUCUGGGCCAGGUUUCCCUGAGACAAAGCCCUAUGGAAUUCGGCCUUGGGCUUCGCAGCGGCCAAAACAAUGAUUUGGGCACAGAGAUCAAGAGCGUCUUGCAGUCUGGCAGACAACAAGGCAAACUGCGGAAAUUCCGACGCAACUACAACGACAUCCUUCGUUACGGCCGUUCUAUCGACCUCCCAACUCCUUGCCAAGACUGUGAAGAAGAAGAGGACAAGAAUCCUUAUGCUUACUCCAGGGCCAUCAUUUACCCAGCAGCUUACUCUACCAUCUCAGAAGACCAAGGCGAGGACAGCAACGAGGGCGGGAAUUUUAUGAUGGAAUCCCAGCCUUCAGAAAAGGCCUCUUCUUCGCCAGUCAUCGUUAAAAGAGAUGUACCUCUUUCGAAUGGGGCUGGAACCCACAACACGACCUUGUCCUCUAAAGAUGUCGCUUCAGUCGAAGACACUGACGUCAGAGAUUCUGGUAUCGAUGAUUCUAUGGACAACUUUUAAGGAAAACUACUUCCAAUAUGUCAGUCUCUUCAGUGCUAUCAGAAACGCAUUGUCUUUUAAAAAGAGAAUUAAUGCACUGUCAAUGACUACUGGUGUUUGGGAACAUUAGUAGUACUAAGAAAUAAUUAUAGCACAUUGAAGUCUCUCGAAUGGUGGUUUAGCAAUUUUCCAUCUUACAACAGGCAAA